AUGUACUGUUUUUGGUAUUUGGGCCUAUUGAGAGCCAUCUUGGGCUGUAAUCCUUUACAGGAAGUUGACUGCUUUGUUCAGAAUCAAGCAUUGGGACGAGACAUUGAAAGAUUUGAAUCGAAAAGUUUCAAACUAACUGGUGAUGUUGAUAUAACAGAAGAAGAUUCACCUGAAUUCAAAGGUGCAAAUGUCAAAAUGUCAUUGAAUCAAAGAUUUGACAAUCCAAUGGCAAGUUCAGAAUUCUAUAUUUUAUAUGGAAAAGUCGAAUGUGAUAUAAAGGCCAGUCCUGGUCAAGGUAUCAUUUCAUCGUUCUACCUACAAAGUGAUGAUUUAGAUGAAAUAGACAUUGCUGAGUUGUUUGGAGGGAAUACUUAUCAAUUUCAGUCUAAUUUUUUCAUCAAAGGAAACACAACCACCUGGGAUAGGGGUGGGUACCAUGAAAUAAGGAACCCUAUUGAAUUUUAUAAUAGAUAUACUGUUGAAUGGACACCUGAAUCGAUCAAAUGGUGGUGUAAUGAACAAUUGAUAAGAGUUCUAGAAAAAGAUAAUGAUUAUGGGAUUCCUAGAUCACCUAUGGCGAUAAAAUUAAGUCUUUGGGCUGGAGGAGAUCCAAGUAAUGCAGAAGGGACUAUUUUAUGGGCUGGAGGUUUAAGUGAUUAUAGAGAAUUUCCUUAUGUGAUGAAUUUCAGAAAUCUUAAAGUCAGUGAUUAUAGUAGUGGACGAAUCUAUAGUUAUGGGCACAAAGAUGGAAUCUGGCAUGGUUUAAGUAGUGACGGUGUAAUCGGGGGACGGAAUUUUGUUACAACUUCUGAUUACAAUUUUGAGACAUCAACUGAUGGAUUUAAAGGAGAUGAAAAUCAAUUCGAUAAACGAGAAAACAUCACCUCAACUACCAACGAUUCUCUUAAGUUAUCCAUUCCCAUCAAUACUUUGCUUAUCAUGACCAUUACCAUCACCAUCUUCUUCAUCCCCAUAUCUUUAUCAUCAAUAUAA